ACGCAAACAAAAGCAUUCGUUUUUGCUUGAAACCAUAGCUGUGUAAACGCGGCCUUAAUUAGCAAUAAUAAUGUUUUUAUUCACUACCCUCCACGCCCACAUUUUUCCAACGUAGGCCAUAGGGCGAGGCUCAUUUUGGGCGAAGCUUGAAGAUGAAGAGCAAUGGAACAGAUGAGAUGAAAAAACCGCAAGUUUCUGCUGAUCCUCGCGUGGUAGUUUUUAAAAAGAGAGAGUCCCCGUUCGAGCAGCUAGUCAAGGACAAUGAGCACAUUCGUUCACUGGUACUCAUUGGGCUUACUGCUACAGCCUUUUACCUUCUUUGCUUCAUUGCCCAUGACUCCAUGGAGGCUGGACAGUUGUAUUGGAAUGUAGACUAUUACUUUGGUGGCUGGGGAUCUCUGGGGGACAUUGGCAGAGCUAUGAUGUUAGAAGUGUUGAUUCUAAUAGCUGGCUUCCUGUUCUACCCAUGCUUUAUGGCUUGGCUUCAUUUGAGAAAGCUCAGUGUCCUGUUUGAUCCUGUAUUUGGGCUCAUGUAUGUGUGUAUGUUUAUUGGGACCUUCCCUACUUUAUGGUGGGCAAAAGGAUACUUCAAACUACCACCAUUUGUUGUAACUACACUUGCAAUCGAGCAGUUACGUUUCUGUAUGAAAACUUAUUCGUUUGUGCGUGAGAAUGCAUACAAGGUAUUGUAUCCUUGGAGCAAGGAUGAUAAGACUGGCCCUGCUGUGUGGUAUGAGGGUCAAAUGAGUCCUAAAGUUGGAUCGUUCCGUCAGUAUAUCUACUUUCUGUUCUGUCCUACAUUAUUAUACAGAGAUCACUAUCCUAGAAAUUCUGGGCCUGUGAAUUGGCAAAAAGCUAUCAUAUAUUUGGCUUGUUUUAUAAUUUCACUGCUGAUAGUUUUGCCAUUCUUCUCUCGCUACCUGUAUCCAAAAUCAUUACAUUGGAAGGAAUUGGUCCAUUGUUUCAUCGUUGCUAUACCUCCAGGAUUUGCAGUAAGCACUCUUGCAUCAAUAUGCGUAAUGCACGGGUGGAUGAACUUUGGAGCUGAAAUAACUGGUUUUGCUGACAGAGAGUUUUAUUCAGAUUGGUGGAACUCGACUAUAUUCACUGAGUUUUAUCGGAAGUGGAAUAACAUACCUCAUCAUUUUAUACACGACUAUCUCUACAAUGAUGUCAGAAAGGUUACACGUUUCAAGCCUUUGGUCCUCUUUGUCCCUUUGUUUGCUUCAUCGAUCAUUCAUGAGUAUGUAAUAGGAGUCACGAUGGGCGUAUUUAUACCAAUCUUGACAGUCAUGUUUGCCGGUGUGGGAGUUUUUGUCGCUUUCAUUUGGCCUCCAAAGCACAUGAGGAUAAUAAGACAGUCUUUUUUCAUAUCUUCAUUGAGCGUUGGGGUUGCAGCCAUUUUAGUCUGUUCCAUGAUUGAGCAGAAAGCAAGAGAGCUCUGUCCUCAUGAAGAGGAGUCACUUUUGGACAUCUUCAUGCCACGUGUGAUAGAAUGCUUCAGUGUUUAUAACUAACAUACACUGCAUGUGUCACAAAUUAUAUUUAUUUUGAAAUUUAUCAAUUUAGUAUGUUAAUUUUUCCAUGCUGUUAGAAAUGUAUUUUGCUUGCAUCAGUCAUGCAUUAUAGUAUCAGUUUUCAGGAAAUUGAGGUCAUUAAUUUUGUUAUGACGGAAA